AUGAAUUCUCUUCACCGUAUAGUAGGAUUGAUCUCCAGAACGACAACCAAAUUUCCAAUUUCUCCGAGAGUUUCGCAUUCCCGUUUGAAUUUCCAAUCGAUUCUCGUCGAUUUCAUGUCCACAAACUCCCGAAACGACGAAGAUAAAUGGAACGACGCUUGGGAAUCGGCUUGGUUGCCGGAUGAUCUCACGGAUAAGAGCCGAGCUCCAUGGGAAACAGACGUGAACUUCCCUUCGACGGCGGCGAUCGCGUCGCCGGAGGAAAUCGAUGUGGAGGCAAAGGCGUUCGUCGAGGAUAUGAACGAGCACUGGAACGAGAGGAGAGGGAAGAGCGGGAAGAAAGAGGAGAAGAAAGAGAUGGACGGAGGAGAAUCGCUUUAUAGCUUGGAGACGAUGAAGAAGGAUUACAGAUUGAAGAAGCAGAGAGUACACGCGUCGUUGUGGGUUAAGGAGAUUGAGAAAUUGGAGGAAGCGAAAUUGGGAGAUUCGGGAUCUGGUGGUGGAGCUGAUGAUAUUGAUAGGCUUCUCGAUAGUUGCUCAGAGAUUUUCGACUCGGUAGACCAUGAUUUUGACAAACUGGAAGUCUCGAGUGGAACCGAAUUGAAAAACAAGCCUGAUGGGUGGGAAUCGACAGCAAAGGAACAAGAUGGGAACCUCUGGGAAAUGUCACAAAGAGAAGAAGACAUUCUUCUCCAAGAAUUUGAUCGCCGGAUUGCCUUCUGCAAAUUCCAGAUAGCGAGUUUCAUAAAGCAGCACAUAUUCAGCAGGAGAAGACCGAUAGAUGGGUGGAGAUAUAUGAUAGAAGUGAUUGGUCCAAAUGCUAGGAAAGGCAAAGGAAGUGUUUCUAGGCUCCCUGCUUUGUCCGAUGUGUCGACUCAGCCUUUUAAAGAAGAAUCUGACAGUCUCAGUACCCUCAAGCGCCGGUCCAGCAGAGAUUCUUGA